AUGGACCAUUCAAUUCAGCGUCUGCUGAACGAUAAACUCUAUGACCGGAGGAAGCAGGGGGCCUUGGAGCUGGAAAAAGUUGUCCGAGAUGCUGCAUACAAGGGCGAUCACGAGGAAAUCCAGAAAAUAGUCGACCAGCUUUGUCAUGACUAUGCCUACGCGGUUCACCAGCCCCAUGCGAGGAACGGGGGCUUGAUCGGUCUGGCUGCGGCUUCCAUAGCUCUGGGAUCUGAAGGGGUUGCGCCGUAUCUCAAGGAAAUCGUGCCGCCGGUCCUGGCGUGCUUUUCCGAUCAAGAUGCUCGGGUACGAUACUACGCAUGUGAAAGCAUGUACAACAUCGCCAAAGUUGCGAAGGGGGAGGUUCUACUCUUUUUCAACGAGAUAUUUGAUGCGCUGAGCAAAUUGGCGUCAGACUCGGAGCUAUCAGUUAAAAACGGCGCGGAACUCCUCGACAGGCUUGUGAAGGAUAUUGUUUCGGAAUCGGCGGCCUCGUAUAUCUCUGUCCUGCAGCUUUCGGAGAAGCAGGCGUCCGACCCUGAAGCGUUGGAUAAUGCAGAGCUGCCCACCGCUUUCUCCCUCUCGGCGUUCAUUCCGCUGCUGAAGGAGCGCAUCCACGUCAUCAGUGCAUACACCCGCAUGUUUCUGGUUUCGUGGCUGACCCUACUGGACACUAUCCCUGAUCUCGAACUCGUCACAUAUCUUCCCGAAUUUCUGGGCGGAUUGAUCAAAUUCCUCGGCGACCCGAAUCGUGAUGUCAACGUAGCCACGCAAGGUCUCCUUGACAGGUUUCUAUCCGAGAUUAAACGAAUUGCUCGGCUUAAGAAGGGGAUCGACGGCAGCCGAAAAGAUCAGGGCAGCGAUAAUAAGCAGUCGAUCGGAAGCGACGCUGUCAGCACCACUACGGUGGGUGCCGAAACUGAAGAGGACAACGAAAAUGCUGUGGAAGACUCAGAGGCAGGAUCUGUGUCUGAGGGCGAGGUCCUGCGAGCCGACGAUGAUUGGAUUCCGGGCCAGGAUGUUCAGAUCGAUUAUCCAAGGAUUCUAGAUAUCCUCGUGGGUUUCGUGGACACCUCCUUUGAUGAGGAGAUGCAGUUGACUGCACUGCGCUGGAUUGACAGUUUCUUCGAGAUCAGUCCGGAAGACAUUCUUCCCUUUGUUCCACGCCUCCUGACCCAAGUUCUUCCGGCGAUGUCCAGUGGUUCGGACCAAGUGCGACAGGCCGCAAACCGGGUCAACACCUCUUUGUUGGAGUAUAUCGUCUCAUUGUCUGAGGAUACAUCCGACGAUACGAGGCAAGCUGCAUCCUCAAAGACUACACCCACUACGAGCCGGGAUUUCACCGAGGGACGUGCCCCGACACCCAGUAGUAAGGCGGACACGUCACCGAGCGUAUCCAGAAAGCAGUCACUGCACGAACCUUCAACCGAGCAAACACCAAGAAGCAGUAUUAUCUCCGCAGCAGUGCCGCCCGCGGAUCUAGAUUAUGCUGCGGCGGUCAACUCUCUCACUCUGCAGUUUCUCAACGAGAACGAAGCAACUAGAGUUGCCGCCCUCUCAUGGCUUAUUAUGCUUCAUCGCAAGGCCCCGAAGAAAGUGGUUGCCUUCAAUGACGGGACAUUUCCCGCUCUUCUCAAGACGCUAUCGGAUCCAGCUGAGGCGGUGGUGACGAAGGACCUGCAGCUGCUAUCUCAGAUAUCGAGGAACAGCGAAGAUAGCUACUUCAAGUCUUUUAUGGUGAACUUGCUCCAGCUAUUCUCUACCGACAGGCAUCUACUCGAAGAUAUCGAGUUCGCUAGUAUCAUGGUCCAGAAUCUCAACAACAACCUGAUCACUGCACCAGAGCUGUCAGAGCUUCGAAAGCGUCUGAGAAAUCUAGACUCACGGGACGGCCAGACAUUCUUCGUCGCGUUGUUCCGAUCGUGGUGUCACAAUGCCGUAUCCACGUUCUCUCUCUGUCUCCUUGCACAGGCCUAUGAACAAGCAUACAACCUUCUCCAGGUGUUCGCCGAGCUCGAGAUGACCGUGAAUAUGUUGAUCCAAAUCGACAAACUAGUCCAGCUCCUCGAGUCACCAGUGUUCACCUGUUCGUCCACCCUCUUCACCCGAAUAUACAAUCCCCAUCUAACCAAUGUAGAUCUCCGACUCCAAUUACUCGAGCCCGAGAAAUACCCCUAUCUCUACAAAUGCCUCUACGGCGUGCUCAUGCUGCUCCCGCAAAGCUCCGCCUUCGCCGCGCUGAAGAACCGCCUCAACAGCGUCAGCAACAUCGGACUCCUUCACCCGGGGCCACGAGGCCAUCUACACAGGCCCGCAUCAAGCACCUAUGACCGCCCCAGCGGCACCCGCCUCAAACGCGACGAGAACUCCAUCCGCUGGGUCGAUCUCCUCGACAAGUUCAAAUCAGUGCAGGAAGCCGCACGCCGAUCGCAGCGCGCCUCGCAGCGCGCCCUAGAUGGGGACAUGACGGCCUUCCCGAUGGCGAUGUCCACUGCCGAUCACGCGCGUCCGCGAGACCGAAGCGUGCUUCCCGAUGCGCCGCGGACCGGGGUGCUCGGAAGCGGUGGCGGUGACGGGCGCGGUGGAGCGGCAGAGCCGGGGACCCAGAAGGGCGGUUCUCUACUCGGGACGGCGACGAAGCAGAAGUCCAGUCUGCCGAACUUGGGCCGGCUGGGGAUUGGGGGGAGGAAAUCGAAGCGGUGA